GCAGAAAAGAGACGGCCAUUGUUUUUCCCUGCAUUUCCAAUGGAGCAGUUCCGUCAGGUAGGAGGGGUUCUGGGAAGCCUCAAGGCUCAGAUGGUGUUUAAAGAUGAGAUACAAAUCAAUCAGCGCCAGUGCUGUUUGUUGGUGGAUGCUUUCAGCCUGGCCUUUGAAGUGGUCGCAGAGGAGAUGAGACAGUAUCUAAGAUUCGAAGAGAGAUUCACAAAGUGGAACGCACUGGAGAGCCCCCUCAGAGAACUUUACAGGGUAUUCAAGGAAGGAGAGCACUAUGUCCGACAAUGCUUGGAGACAAAGGAUUGGUGGGCUAAAGCCAUUUGCCUCAAUCAGAACAGUGAUUGCAUCGAUUUCCAUCUGCACAAUUUGUUAUGGUGCAUCUAUGUCGUGCUUGAGGCAAUCGAGAAUGUCGGAGAGAUAUCAGGUUGUGAUCAAGAAGUGAUCCAGAAGAAAAGGCUUGUCUUCAUGAAGAAGUAUGAGCGAGAAUGGAUGGAUCCACACCUUUUUCAGCACAGGUUCGGAAAGAAGUACUUGGUUUCGCAGGACAUAUGCAGCAGACUGGGUAGUGUCCGGAAGGAGGAUCGGUGGAUUCUCUCAGAAAUGAUGUCUGAGCAGAGAAACUCGGGUUCCACGCCUCUAGCAAAGCAAGAGAGACAGCUUGCUGAGCUUCUCUUGGCUCCGAAAGGGAAGCUCUUCCCGAGUUCAGUCCUGGUGAGGUCGAAGGACUACCAGGUAAGAAGACGAUUGGGGAGAAGAGGCCCUUACAAGGAGGUCCAAUGGAUGGGGGAGAGCUUCGCCGUCGGGCAUUUCUUCGGGGACAUCGAGCCACUGAAGCAAGAGAUCUCGCUCGUGUCAUCGCUCAGGCACCCACAUAUAAUGCACAUCAUGUAUGCUUUCUCUGACGAGGAGCGGAAGGAAUUGUUUCUGGUUAUGGAGCUCAUGAGCAAGGAUCUCUCUAGUUAUAUCAAAGAGAUAUGCUCCACAAAGAGAAGGCUCCCCUUUCCUCUGCUGGUGGCAGUGGACAUAAUGCUACAAAUUGCAAGAGGAAUGGAGUAUCUCCACUCUCGAGGGAUAUAUCAUGGAGAUUUAAACCCGUCCAACAUCUUAGUAAAGCCGAGAAAUUCUAAUCCAGAUGGCUACUUGCAUGUAAAAAUCCAGGGAAUUGGGCUACCAAGUUUGAAGAAGCCGAGAGACUCGACAAAUCAAACAGCCACAGAUUCAUGCAUAUGGUAUGCACCCGAGGUUCUUUUGGAGCAAGAACAGUCCGCAGAGCCUAGUGUUUCCAAAUGCACAGAGAAGGCAGACGUCUACAGUUUUGCAAUGAUUUGUUUUGAGGUGCUAACUGGAAAAAUACCUUUUGAGGAUGAUCACCUUCAAGGAGAUAAGAUGAGCAGAAACAUACGGGCAGGCGAGAGGCCGCUAUUCCCAUUGCCAUCUCCAAAAUACCUCACCAACUUGACCAAAAGAUGCUGGCAGGCCGACCCCUCCCAACGACCGAGCUUCUCUUCUAUCUGCAGAGUUCUUCGUUACAUCAAGAGGUUCUUAAUUAUGAAUCCGGAUCGUGGUCAGCCUGACCUACCAGCUCCACCGGUAGACUACUUUGAUCUCGAAGCGACACUGUCCAAGGGAUUCACAACAUGGGCAACUGCAGAGGCACUAACAGUCUCAGAAGUCCCCUUUCAGAUGUUUGCUUAUAGAGUUAUGGAGAGGGAGAGGACUAAUCUGAACUUUAGGGAGAGGAGUUCAGAGUCAGGGAGUGAGGGGGCAACAUCGAUAUGUGGAGAUGAGAAUGGUUUCAAUUUGAUUAGUCAGGAGGAUCCAUUCCCAUCUCCUGUUGGUUUGUUAAAAUCACCAUCAUCACCUCAGGUCAGUCCUGACGCCAAAAAGAAACCAUUCGCAAGGAAGGCAAAUGGAAAACUCAAAUUGCAAUCAGGGCAGCAGCUAAAAGGAGCAGUAAGACCACCACAAAAAACAGUACAUGGAUACAAUAUGAGGAUGCAAUCGGAAACCCACUUGCCGACAGUCGUCAUGAGCCCGAGACGGAGGUUUUCAGGGCAUGCAUCAGAUUCAGAGUUAGCAUAGUCCUUCAGGCCCAAAUUUCGACCGAAGUGCUUGUUGUUCCUUCAAGGGGAAAAAUAAAGAAACAAAGGAAGUAUAAUAGCAGACUAUGUAUAGGUAAAGGGUUUUAGUUAUAUAGGACCUUUAUCAGAUGUUCCUAGCACUUUAAAGAUGACAGCUACAAAGUUUCAAACAUCAGUUAUAUUUUCAGAAUAACUGAUCUUCAAAUUUAAAAAGAUCUCAUAUGAAAAACUAUGUACAAGCUCAUCUCAAUCAAGAUAGACGAUAUUGGAAGACA